AUGCCUUAGAAAUCCGCGGCAAUUUGGCAAUCUUCUUCCCGCUGAAAACCAACCUCAAAUUUAGGGCGCAGAAAUGGCUUAAUCCGGCCAACUUCAACUGAACUCGGUGAUUCUCCAGAUUGUCUUCUCAGGGCCAACAUUCCAACUAGGACGACUCCGGCCGAAACUCAGCCAUGGAGUUAGAUGACCGCCCAAGGCUUCAAGACGAAGGUGAUGACGAUCCGUUUCUUAAAUUCGUCGACUAUGCGAGGUCUGUGCUAGCAUUCGAAGACGAAGAGUACUUCGAUCCUCAUGUUAAUGGAACAGAGACCAACACCCCGGGUUGGAGUUGGAUCGCUUCUCGGGUCCUCAGAACUUGUAUCGCCUACUCCAGUUCUGUUACCCCUGCGAUUUUGCUAUCUGAGCUCUCGCAGGCUUGGUAUGAGCAACACAGAGUUGGUGCUCCCAAGAAAAUACCUGAGUGUAUUAACCAGUUGAAGAAGAAGAAUAGGAGAAAGAAGCUCCCAAAAACAGUUACUAUUGACUCCAUACAUGAGAAGAAUUUCCUAUCUUUAAGUAGCGUUUUGGAAGCUGUAAUUCUUGAUGAGUUUAUUCUUCCAGGUACAAAUAUACACAUGCUUACUUUGGGAGACUUUUGGAGCUCUAAUACAAUUGAUCUUUAUCUCCAUCGUAGAUUCUAUGACUUAGUAGAUGGGAUUCUGAAGAAAGGGAGGCAAAUAUUUGUAACUGGAUGCUAUCUUCGUGCUGCCAGUGGCGGCUCUGGUCAUCCACGACUUCUACCAACUGAAUACCUUAUCAUAUUGUUAGAUGAGGAAGAGGACGAUGAUGUAAUGCUUCUAGGAGCUCAAUUUUGUUCUGAUUCCUUUUCUUCUGUGUCUCUUGAUUCCGUCAACAAAGGGACUACAUAUUCAUUGUAUGCAAGGAUUGAGUCUAUUGGUCCACUGGAAAUCUAUGAGAAGAUCAAUGGCUUACGGAUGAUGCAAGUCGUUCUUGUUGAUAACUAUGGUUUCAAGCUUAAGUUUCUCUUAUGGGGUGAACAGGUGUUACUGGCCAAUCUUUUAAGUGUUGGUAGCGUGCUUGCGCUUGAUAGACCAUAUAUUGCAACUGCAAACGAGAAUGGCGUUGGAACAAGUGAUGAACUUUGUCUUGAAUAUGGUAGUGCAACACAGUUAUAUUUGGUGCCUUGCAUUCAGCAUGAGGAGCAAGUAUGUGUUGUAACCCAGAAUAUAAACCAAGCUUUAAGGACACUUAGUACGUCGUAUCCUACUCAGGGUCCCCAAGUUUCUCAAGUUUCCUUGCCUUGUGAUUUACAUGGUGCUAUUGAUUUUAGCAAUUAUCCUUUUCGGUCUUUUGUGAUCGACCUCCAAGACAAGAUGACUGGCAUUAGUUUAUAUGGUAUCGUUUUAGAUAUAGCUCAUGAAAGAAAUACCACAGAAGCUGUUUUCUCUAUGAGAAUCGAAGAUAACACGGGAGAAGUUUUGGCCAAGUUACACUUUGUGAGAUCUUGGUCAUUAGGAAGGGUAAGCAUUGGACAUACAGUAUUUAUAAGUGGCCUGAGAUGCACCAAGAACAAGAAUCGCUUAGAGGCUUUAUGGAUUGAGAAUCAUGUUGGAGCUUCUUUUGUCAACCUUAGCUGCUUGCCAGCAUUGUUAACGUCAUCUUGUCUUCAUAAACUUUCACGACUUUCUGAUCUUACCUGCAACACUCUUGGUACGAAGGUCUGUCGAGUUCGGCUUGACCAAGUUUCACAUUGUCAUGUUAGUACGAAAUUUUUGCAUGCAAUUUGUGGUCAUUUUGUCGAGGAGACACCUGCCAGAAUUGAGUGCAGCUUCUGUCGUUGUGAAUGCAAGUCUGAGUUCGUGCGUACAUUCGACCUGAAAAUCACCCUUGCAGACGAAAGUGCAAAAAUCUUUGCUUGGUGUACAGGUCAAACUGCUGCAGAGUUGUUGCAAAUAUCUCCUGAUGAAUUCUGUGAACUACCUGAGGAAGAACAAGUAAUGUACCCAUCGUCACUCGAGAAUGAAAAUUUUGUGGUUGCAAUAGUGAAUUGCAGGAGACAGAGCAGCAAAUGUGGAAAUAAUGUCUAUUUUGUUAAGGAUCCACUUUCAUGGGAGAUUACUCGUGCACUCAAGUGUGAAUGAUGUUGCAUUCAGGAACUGUCUUUCUAACAAUGGCUGCCGCAAGAAGGCAAAAGAUAUUGUUCAUUGUUCAUUUCAAUGUCUUGUUCCGCAAUAUCCAAUUCAUUUUGAGUUCACCAACACCUUACCAAGUGAAGAGGUCAUAUCAAUAUAAAGGUAAACACAUUUCUAAUUUUCUGGUCCCUUUUAUUUAUUUUUUUCUUUUUUUACUCUGGCAAUGUGUUGAUGUCUUGGGCCAAUAUAGAUGUAAUCCGUUUUGUAAUGAUUUAGUCAUGUAAUUUUGGAAAUGUUAU